GAAGUAAACAACUCCACGAACGUACUGAAUUAGCUGGAAGAAGAUAUUGCAGUCGUAACGCAGAUAACGUUAUUUAUUUAAUUUAUAAUUAAGCAACAAUGUCUUCAGUUGAGUUUCUGAGAGAGUUUGUCAAUGAGCGACUAACUGCUGCUGCUGAGGAAAUAUUCGGAGUUUUCAGAAAAACUGUCCACGAGUACGAAGAAGAAAUCGAUCGUCAGCGCAGACUGCUGGAUAUCGCUUGGAAGCCGGAAAUAAAGUUACACAGAACAGAGCUCCCACAGCAACAUGUCUGUAAGGAAGAGGAGGUUCUCGCAGACCAGCAGCUCUGUGUUCAGGAGAGGAACUCCAGUCUGGACCAGGAGGACCCAGAGCCUCCACAGAUUAAAGAGGAACAGGAGGAACUCUGCAGCAGUCAGGAGGGAGAGCAGCUCGUACUGAAGCAGGAGACUGAUGCCUUUAUGUGGAUUCCUGCUUAUGAGGAAAGUGACCACAGAGAACCAGAACCAAACAGAGACCACCAGCUCCUCUCUCACAGCUCUCAUGUAGCUGAGAGUCAAGAUCAGGCAAGAGGCAAGCAUGAAGACUCAGGAUCAACUAGAGAUGCAGAACCACAGACGAGACAUCAUGAAAACAGAAGUCAUAGUAACAAUGUACACAACUCUACCAGGUCAGAAAUUCACCAUAAUCCUCACACAGGUGAAAAGUCUGUCCAAUGUGAGACAUGUGGAAAAGCUUUGAAGUAUAAGUCAAGAUUGCAGAGACACCUGAGAACCCACACAAAACAAAAGCCACACACUUGCGAAACAUGUGGGAAAAAUUUCCAAUCUUACAGUUCCUUGAAAGUUCAUAUAAGAACCCACACAGGUGAGAAGCCAUAUUGUUGUGAAACAUGUGGAAAACGUUUCAGACUCAGAGGUCACUUAACCGAGCACAUGAGAACCCACACAGGCGAGAAGCCUUACCUUUGCCAGAUCUGUGGGAAAGGAUUUGGUAAAGCAUAUCAUUUGACAAGGCAUAAAAAAUUGCAUACUGGCACGUCAACAAUGUCUUCAGUUGAGUAUCUGAGAGAGUUUGUGAACGAGCGACUAACUGCAGCUGCUGAGGAAAUAUUCGGAGUUUUUAGAAAAACUGUCCUUGAGUACGAAGAAGAGAUCGACCGUCAGCGCAGACUGCUGGAUAUCGCUUGGAAACCCGAAAUAAAGUUACACAGGACAGAGCUCCCACAGCAACAUAUCUGUACAGAGGAGGAGGUUCUCGCUGACCAGCAGCUCUGUGUUCAGGAGAGGAACUCCAGUCUGGACCAGGAGGACCCAGAGCCUCCACAGAUUAAAGAGGAACAGGAGGAACUCUGCACCAGUCAGGAGGGAGAGCAGCUGGUACUGAAGCAGGAGACUGAUGCCUUUAUGUUGACUCCUACUUAUGAGGAAAGUGACCACAGAGAACGAGAACCAAACAGAGACCACCAGCUCCUCACUCACAACGCUUAUGUAGCUGAGAGCCAAGAUCAGAAAAGAUUCAAGUAUGAAGACUCAGGAUCAACUAGAGAUGCAGAGCCAGACGCAAAUAAUCAACAUCACAGUAACAAUGUAUACACCUCUACCAUGUCAGACAUUCACUAUAAUACUCACCCAGGUAAAAAGUUUUUACAAUGUGACUUUUGUGGAAAAGAUUUUAAGUAUAGGUCAACAUUGCAGAGACAUGUGAGAUGCCACACGGGUGAGAAGCCAUAUUCUUGCAAUAGCUGUGGAAAAAGAUUCAGUAAGACAUCAGAAUUGAAGACUCAUAUAAGACUUCACACGGGUGAGAAGCCAUAUUCUUGCAAAACAUGUGGGAAAGAUUUCCGACUUAGCGAAGUCUUGAAAGUCCACAUGAGAACCCACACAGGUGAGAAGCCUUACAUUUGCAAGACCUGCGGGAGAAGAUUCAUUGACAUUUCAGCACUGAAAAGGCAUACAAGAAUCCACACAGGUGAGAAGCCAUAUUUGUGCAAAAUAUGUGGGAGAGCCUUCAGAGUUAGCUGUGCUUUGACAGUGCACACGAGAAGAGCCCACACUGGUGAGAAGCCGUACGUUUGCAAGAUCUGCGGGAAAAGAUAUGUUGAUGCGUCUGAAUUGACAAAGCAUGUAAGAUCACAUACAGCCAAAUAGUUUUGGAUUUGCAAAAUACAGUGUAUCCAGAAAGUAUUCACAGCGCUUUACCUUUUCCACAUUUUAUUCCAAAAUGGACAAAAUUAAUUUUUUCCCUCAAAAUUCUACAAACAAUACCCCAUAAUGACAAUGUGCAAAUGUAUUGAAAAUAAAAAGAAGCACGAGUAUUCACAGCCUUUGCCAUGACACUCAAAAUUGAGCUCAGGUGCAUCCUGUUUCCACUGAUCAUCCUUGAUUGGAGUACACCUGUGGUAAAUUCAGUUGAUUGGACAUGAUUUGGAAAGGCACACAUCUGUCUAUAUAAGGUCCCACAGUUAACAGUGCAUGUCAGAGCACAAACCAACCAUCAAGUCCAAGUAAUUGUCUGUAGACCUCAGGUCUGUAUCGAGGUACAGAUCUGGGAAAGGGUACAGGAAGAUUUCUGAGGCAUUGAAGGUCCCAGCGGCCUCAAUCAUCUGUAAUUGGAAGAAGUCUGGAACCACCUCUUUCUACCCACCCAAUCUGAGCGAUCGGGGGAGAAGGGCCUUAGUCAGGGAGGUGACCAAGAACCCGACGGUCAUUCUGACAGAGCUCAAGCGUGUCUCUGUGGAGAGAGGAGAACUUUCCAGAAGAACAUCCGUUUCUGCAGCACUCCACCAGUUAGGCCUGUGCGGUAGUGUGGCCAGACGGAAGCUACUCAGUAAAAGGCGACAGCCCUGUCUGAUGAAACAAAGAUUAAAGUCUUUGGUCUGAAUGGCAAGCGCCACAUCUGGAGGAAACGGGCACCGCUCAUCACCUGGCCAGUACCAUCCCAUCAGUGAAGCAUGGUGGUGGCAGCAUCAUACUGUAGGGAUGUUUUUCAGCGGCAGGAACUGGGAGACUAGUCAGGAUCGAGGUAAAGAGGAAUGCAGCAAUGUACAGAGACAUCCUUAAUAAAAUCCUGCUUCAGAGUGCUCCGGACCUCAGACAACUCUGAAUGUCUGAGUGGCCCAGCCUGAGCCCAGAGUUAACCCGAUUGAACAUCUCUGGAGAGAUCUGAAAAUGGCUGUGCACUGACACUUCCCAUCCAACUUGAUUGAGCUUGAGAGGUCCUGCAAAGAAGAGAAACUGCCCGAAGAUAGGUGUGCCGAGCUUGUAGCAUCAUAGUGAAAAAGAUUUGAUGAUGUAAUUGGUGUCAAAGGUGCUUCAACAAAGUAUUGAGCAAAGCCUGUGAAUACUUAUUUAAAUGUGCUUUUUUAUUUUUAAUAAAUUUGCAAAGCUUCCAAGCAAACUUCUUUUAUGUUGUCAUUGCAGAAUUUUGGGGAAAAUAAUAAAUUUCAUCUAAAGUUGUAACAUAACAAAAUGUUGGAAAAAGUGAAGCACUGUAUGUGGGGAAACGAUUCAGUUCUAGCGGUUCAUGGUCAGAUCAAACAAGAACUCAAAGAAGAAGCCACAUCAUUGGAGCACUUAUGGAAAAGAUUUUACUAAAAUCUUAUGACCCCUGCAAGUCAGUGUACAAAGGAGAAACCAUUGAGCUGAAACUGCUGUAGAGACGUGUUCAUCUACUGAAUGUUAUACACCUUAUAUUCGUCUCUACAUCUCUGUAAAUGAAUGUAUACAAUUUCAUAUUGACAAGGUCAGAAUAUCUUAGUGUAUUGAAGUAGUACACUGUCAAUGACAUCAUGUUUUGUUAAACUAACCUUGUGUUUUUCCUUCAUGUGAUUGUGUUAGUUAUAUUUCCAUUUGCAGCAUUAUUUCUUUGAAACAACCAUAAUCUCCCAGAUCAAAUAAAGAGAAGUUUCAGAGUGAGUGAACAGUAGUGGCUGUUAAAGUAAUGUUGUGAUCUUGAUUGUCGUUGGUUUUGACAAAUGUCUAUUUAUGAAUUUGCUCUGACUUUUUUUUUUUUUUAAAGGUUACAUGGACUUAAAGGGAGAGUAACUGGUUCUGCAGAAGGGUUGUUAUUUGAGCUCAACUGCCAAAGAAAUGCAUCCAUCCCUUCGGUACUCCCUCUGAAGCUAAGUCCCCAAAAUUUCAAAUCUGAGUUUUCUCCAGCGUUGAUUCGCCUCUGGCCUUGCCUAGUCAUGAGUCCGUUUGAAUGUGAUGGCGUAAAGAACUCUCUCCCACUGCCCUCCUCCCCUUAUUAUUCUUGUGCACAAGCUCUAAUGCCACCUUUUGCUGAUUGGCUGAAACAAUGUUGUGUGUCCACACAACUUUAUUUUUUUCCCCAUUUACAGAGCCAGGGCUGUGUAGGAAAAGCGGAUUUUUCUUUCAGAGCAGACACAAAACGGAGAGCUAGCGAACCGUGAGGAAAUAUUUGCUGAAUUUAACAAAAAGUGUUUUGUUUUGUAUUUGAUUACAAUCAUUUACUAUCCCUUUAAAAUCUUUGUACCUCAAGUAGUAUUAGAUCGUUUUCUAUGAAGCUUCCUACACAUCUUUGCAAGAAGCCAGGUUUUACAUUUGAGAAUAACUGGCAUCACUUUUACUGUAGUCCUAUUACGUUUUAAUGUGCCUUCUUUUUGCUGUUUUUAUACACCACUUGCGCGUUUGACAGAAUGAAAGUCAUGUUUUGCUGUCUUUGCUUUAUAAAUUCCUUAAAACAAUUGUCAAAUUAGUUGCUGUUUAAUGCCAAUUAAUUUUAAAGAAUAGCAUGGACACUCUUUAUAAACUAGAAACGCAGUUCCAAAGUCUCACUAUGUAACUACCAUGUUAAAGAUUACCUCUAAUAGGCUACUCCCACAGAUAAAAAGUUUUUUAAGCUUUUAAGUACAAGUUAAAAUUGCAGAGACACCUGAGAAGUCACACAGGUGACUUCUUGCAAAAUGUGUGGAAGAGGUUUCAGUUCAGUGAAAAGAUGUGUGCAGUUUUGCAAUAGGUGCGUCUAUUUUCAUACAUUACAGCAUGUUUGAGCAGCACCAUUUCUCAAAAACAAUCAGUCUUGUAUAUCUUGGGAAUCUUUUCAAAGUGAGUGAACACUAAUCAUGUGAUGUGUAUGAGAGCAUUUGCCCAAUGUCAUAAAUGUAAACAUUUCAA